UCGAUUUGGUUGCUGCAGCAACAUCAGACAGUUAAACGGCGAUCAAAAUUAAAAAUUCACUACCUGAGAAAAAAGAGCUAAAAUCUAACGGACUCUGCAUAGUAUAGUAGAAGUAAAGCAGAAAUAUCAAACAGUUAUCAACGUAGAAGAACAACACCUAGCAAAUAUGUCUAGCAGUUUAUCAAUAACGACGGUGGCGAACACAAAAACUACACGUAAAGUAACUAGAAAAUCAACACAGAGUCACAACAUUGACGAGACAUUAAGUAUUGAUAUUAGCAAUAGUAUUCGCGAUGGCCUCAGUGGGAUCACAAAAGACAAAAGCAGCUCUCCGCCCAAGCCCAGUAAGAAAAAGUCAUCAGCGGCAACUAGCGCGUCGGUGUCGGCAGUCUCAACAACUACUAAAGCGACAUUUGUUGAAAACAGCGAACAGAAGAUCCAGGCACAGGAACAACAGAGCAAUGCAAGUAAACCUGAGGAAGGAGCUGACAUUGACAAAAAGAAAUUGAAAAGCAAGAGGAGUAAGAAAGGUGAAAAGGAUCAGCAAAAUAUAUCGGUGAAAACGAGUUUUAGCAAAUUUGAUGCCCUACAAAAACGCAACCUAAUUCAUGUACGUUCAAGUGAUGCUGGUAAAGCACACGAAAAAUUCAGUAAUCCACAGGGUGAUAAGGAAAUCAACUGUCGCCUGUGUUCCAAACCGGUCUACAAAAUGGAAGAGAUUAAGGCUGAAAAGAGUAUUUACCACAAGAACUGCUUCCGCUGCCAUGAAUGCAACAAACAAUUGAAGGUGGACAACUAUCAAAGCCAUGAGGGUAUCCUGUACUGCAUGGUACAUUUUAAGCUGCUGUUCAGUCCGAAAUGCGUGGAAGAUACCGAACCAGAAAGUCAGCGUAAGCCAGAGUUAAUUGUGAGAGAAAACCAGCCUAUCGAGUCGCCACCAGAUGUUGUGAGAGCAUCUGACAAGCCUGAUCUGGGACUAGAAGAACUACAGCAGCUUAAUGUACGCUCUAGAUUUCAAGUUUUUGAGAAUGGAACACAAGUUCAGGAAGAUAAAAGCAACGAAGAAUUGCACAGAAAUCCUGUGAAGCACAGUAAUUCGAUUCUAUCAAAAAUCGCGAAACUGAAAGCACAAGGCGUCAGUUCUGAUUUAAGCAUAAAAGCUAUGAGCGAACGGGAGCGCGACGGCGCCAGCGAUUACUCUUCGGAAAGCAACAGUGACGCCAGCGAUGCAGAAGUCGACGAAAAUAGCAACGAAGAUGAUGACGCGGAUUUGGUGCGCUCAAAAAAGCGAACACAGCGCGAGCGUCCCGUGGGUCUGGGGCACGCAAUGCAUGACAUCAAAAAUAUAUUUGAAAAAGGUCACAUCAUGUCCAAGGAGGAACGUCGCGAGGAACGCAAACAAGAAAUACAAAAUAUACGUUCACGUCUAUUUAUGGGAAAGCAGGCGCGCAUCAAAGAGAUGUAUCAGCAGGCUGUCGCCGAAUCGGAGCAAAGAAUUACUUCAUCGGAUAAGAAGCCUGAAAUAGAAGUUGAGGGCGCUGCACGAUCACUUAAGGAACGCUUUGAGAGAGGUGAUGUAUUCAAAGAUUCCGCGGAUAAUAGCGAAGAGAACUCGUGCAAUCAUAGUGGUUUACAAAAUGAGGCUGACGUUUUCGAAUCCGCAAUCAGCAAGAAAUCCCGCAGCAUUUUUAUGGAACUGGAUGCUAAUGUGGCUGCUGGUAGAAAAGAAUUUAACAAACCAAUACUGCCCAAUCGACAAUUAAGUAAGCAAUAUUCGCUAAACACAAAACGGCAGAAUAUCGAAAAUGAGCCGGAGCAGGAUGUCGUCAAGUAUGAUGAAAAGCCUGAGGAUAUAAAAAUCGAGACUUCAGAAAUAAGUUCGAAGUUCAAAUUUUUUGAAACCUAUUGUCCAACUGAGCAGAAAAAGAAAGAGUUUCGUAUUACACCACCACGAGAAGGUGUUGUGAAAAUGCCAACUCCUGAAUCGGACGCUGAAAACAUGGAGUAUCCCAAUGAACUAGGCGCAGAGACAAAUGUUCUGGAGAAGUCUCAUACAACCACCACGAUGUUAAAUAAGUUUCGUGAAAUGGAACAGAAUCGCAAUGGCAAACAAGAUGGUCCGCGACCUUUGAAAUGUUUCACACCUCCUCCAGACGGUGGAAAUCGCAUUUAUCAGGAUGCAGACAGUGACAUGGGCUCGCAAGAUGACAAUGAAGAAUUUGAAGACGAAGAUGACGAAGAUGACGAUGAGGACUACAACUCAUCAAGUGAGCGUUACAAACGUUCACUGGAUGAUGAGGCUCUUAAAGAGGCACAGGCUGCAGCGCGGGCAAAGCAAUUGAGAGCGAGGUUCGAGAAAUGGGAAGCCAAUGAAAGGGAGCGAGAAUUACACGAAGGUCGCGUCGACAUCUAUUCUACUGAAGUUUCUGAUAAUUCGAACAUUGAAAGCACAAAAACCAUACGAGAGCGUUUCGAAAAUAUGAAAAGUUCAACAGAAAAUGCACAAACAAGACCUCGAUAUAAAGUCAACCGAUUCGUGUAAUAGGUCAGCGAUAGUGUCCGCUCAUCUAUCCAUCCAUUACGCGGUGAAUUACUGUACUAAUACCGGUGAUUAAUGUAACGCCUUAAGUUUAAACGUUAUGUUUUCGAUAAGUUAUCAAAACAAUAAAUUCAAGUUGUGUGCAAAUUGUUAUAUUUGUAA